AUGGCUCAAGCGCAGUAUCGUGGAUUACCAGGCGUGGCCCUCGUCACGGGCGCAGCAGCCGGUAUUGGCCAUGCUUGCGCCAAGGUCUUUAUCGAAGAGGGAGUGACCCGCCUCAUCUUGAGCGACAUCAAUUAUGAAGCUCUCGUGGAGUCAGUCAAGGAGCUGAAGUCGCUCAAUCCUGCGGUGGAGACUUGCCUGGUUAAGUGUGACACAUCAUCUGAAGAACAGGUUGAGAACAUGGUCGCCGAAGGUGUCAAGAAAUUUGGGGCUAUCCACUAUUGCGUCAAUAAUGCCGGCGUUACCAGCAGAGUCCGAACCAAGACUCAUUUGCUUGAGACUGAAGAAUGGGACAGGGUCCAGGAGGUUAACUUACGGGGCGUCUGGCUGUGCCAACGAGCCGAGUUGAGGCAGAUGAUGAAGCAGGAAGCUGACUUGCCCAUGAGGACCGGUGCUCCCCCACAACGCGGUGCAAUCGUCAACAUAUCAUCUUUGUUUGGUCUCAUCAGCCAUCCCACGGUUGGCGCUUAUUCCGCAGCGAAAACAGGUGUUUUGGGAAUAACCAGAACUGAUGCCGUCGCAUAUGCAGAGGACGGUAUACGCGUCAACUCGGUCUUACCCGGCUUUAUCAAGACCGCCCUUACGCAAGAAUCAAUCAAGCGUGGGGCAAACUACAACGCCCUCAUCAACACAAUCCCAAUGAACCGGUGGGGCCUUCCCACAGAGGUGGCUCAAGCUGUGGUGUUCUUGUGUAGCGAUAGGGCGAGCUUGAUCACAGGAGAACAGCUUUCUGUUUCAGGGGCGAAAGAAUAUGCUUGUUAA